AUGGACGAAGGUCCGCCCCCACCCCCUCCGCCGCCCCACGGCUCCAAGCCCAACACCACCCACGGCGAAUACCGCAAAACCUCCGACCUCCCACCAGGCAAUUACGACAUCUUCAUCAUCCCGCCUCACUCGGCCGGUUCCGGCUUCCUCUACCUCCCCUCCCUGCGGACUCAGCGCAACAGCUUCAUCGCCGGCUGCGUCUCCACCCUCCUCGCCAUGCUGGUAUGGGUGGCUGUCUCUCCAGUCCUGAAAUCGUGGUACGCCGCCACCGUCGCCAGUGGGAACGGGAUGGGGAUUGCGAUUCUGGCGGUUGGAGUGGGAGUGGCCGGGUGGGCGUUUGGCGCGGCGCAGGCGGGCACCGGCGGCAAUAGUGGUGGCGACGGGGGAAGCCAUCGCGGGAAACGAGGCGGCUUCGGAUUCAGUGGCGGUGGUGGUGGUGGUGAUGGAUUUGGAGGAGGCGGAGGUGGAGGUCCGGGUCCGGGAGGAGGGGGUGACUAUGCGCGCGGAGGAAAUCAGGGAUAUGGAGGAGGGCCUGGAGGAGGGCAUCAGCAGCAGCAACAUUACGGAGGAGGCGCAUACAAUGCCAAUGCGGGCGGAUCAUCACCUCCUCCGCCACCGGGAGGAGGAGGUGCAUACGGCGCAGGAGGCGGACAUCAAUACCACCAACAGCAGCAGCAGGCAGGAGGACCGCCACCACCACCACCACCACCGCCACCACCUCAACCUGAAACUACUACCCCUCAGCCAGAACCAUCAACAUCAUCAUCAUCAUCAAGCAAACCCUCCAGCGGCGCAGACUGGGAAAAAGCCCGCGAAGAAACCCGGCGCAAAGAAGAACUCCGUCGCAAGAUGGAGGCCUUCAAGCGCAAACGCGAGGCGGAGCAGCGCGAGAAGCAGAAGCAGCGGGAGCGCGAAGCCAUGGAGCGGGAACUGCGCGAGCGGCGCGAACAGCUUGAGAAGGAGAUGGCCGCUGCCAAGGAGGCCGCCGCGCGCGAGGCUCGCGAGCGCGCCGAGAAAGAAGCCGCCGAGGCCCGCGCCAAAGCGGAGCGCGAAGCCGCCGAGGCAAAAGCCAAGGCCGAGCGCGAGGCAGCAGAGGCCAAGGCCCGCGCCGAACGGUUCGCGGCGCAGGCGCGCGAGCGCGAGGCAAAGCGUGCGGCCGAAGCCAAAGCCCGCGCGGAGCGAGAGGCAGCGGAGGCUCAGGCCAAAGCAGAGAAAGAAGCCGCGGAGAAAGAAGCCGCGGCCAAAGCGGCGGCCAAAAAAGAAGCCGAUGCCAAAUUCGCGGCCCUCAAGGAAGCCGCAGCAAAGAAGUACGCCGAGAAGAAAGCCAAGGACGCGCAGGAGGCGGCCGCCGCGGCCAAAGCCAAAGCAGCGCCAACGCCAGCAGCCUCCGCAACCUCUGCAUCAUCCCCAACCAAGAAACCCGCUUCCGCCUCACGAACAAACACGACUGCAUCCUCUGCAGUCGACGACGACGACAGCCACUCCUUCCGCCCCUACGACCGCAUCCGCCGGCCCUACGGCGCCGCCACGGCGACCACCACCUCCAGCUCCUCCGUCUACUCGGAAUCCUCCUCGUACGCCCCGUCGCAGUCCACCGCGCGCACCGAGCCCCCGCCCUCCAACCGGGGACCCUACGAGACCAAAGACCCGGACAAAGUGGUCGUCCAUGGCGUCUACGCCUUCAACAACGCCUUCCUCCGCACGCCCGUGGCGCAGCUUGUGGCGGGACAGGGGAUGGUCUCCGACGGGCUGGUGCUCCGCAUCACCACCGAGGGACUGUUCAUUGACGACGACGUGCGCGGGGUCGGGCAGCGCGAAUGGGAUGUCAAGGCCUGGACGAUGAAGCUCGUCGAGGUCUGGUGUCCGCGGUACGCCGCCCAGCGGGCCCAGCACCCGCCCGCCCGCGGCCCGCUCCCGGGACCCUUCACGAAGCGCACCAACGAACCCUCCGCCGAGGAAUCCGAGGCCACCCUCGCCCACCUCUUGAAGGUCUGCAAGAACACCUGUCGCCUGGCCAACCCGGCCAAGUCGGGCGGGAACGCGAACUUGCACGUCCUGCGCGCCUCCGUGCGCGACCAGGAGGGGAAGCGAUACGUGUUUGUACUCCAGGAGACAGAGGGGUGGAAGGUGGCGAUUGGUUUGCAGCGGCUGCGGAGGGGAACGCUGUCGCGCGCGCUAGGCGUCACCGGCAUGGCGGCCGCCGAGAGUCGGACGGUGCUGGCGGGGUUGGGGUAUUAGUUUGGGUGCGAAUAUGAUGAUGAUCUGGAUGAUGAGACGACGGCCGACUGGAGAUGAGUGCAUGGCAAAGCAAGCCUUGAUGUCAAGAUUUCUCUCUUCCUUCGCUGUGCUUUGUUGAUCUUGUAUAUCGUUUGUUCUUCCUUCUGAGUGUCCCUUCAGAUUCCCCCCCUCGUUUUGUAUGAUUUUAGCAUGCCGGUGAGCCGCUUGCACGUUUCCUUCGCCGUGUUGCGGAUAAAAUCACCGACUCACCUGCCUACUAGUAGCUAGCUAGCUAGCUGCUCAACCUGAUCUCUGGAUCAUGUACUGUAUAUAACUCUCUCUACCCGGUCCCAACCCAUCCUGUGCAAUCCACUCCUGUCAAUAUUG